UAUGGAUCAACUGAUUACCGGCUUCCAUUUCAGAACGCUCUUCUAUCGUUCUAUUUACUGUGGCCGUCUCCUGCUUGUGUCGUGACUUCAAAAAGAAAUGUGUUGUAUUAUCGUCUAAUAUGUGGAAGUGGUUACUAGAUUCUGGAAUAGACUUGCCCCGCUAAGAAAACUAUUACUCUACAGUUAACAAUCAUUUCCCUCCAAAGUAAGUUGUCGGUGAAAUCAUGCCAUUGCUGCGUAGAAAGCCAUUUAUAAAGAAGAAACUUCCACCCGAUCUUGAAGACGAUGAAGAAGUGUUCUACUGUGAGCUAACUAAUGAGAUAUUUAGGGAUUAUGAGGAGUUCUGUCAGCGUGUUAUCUUGUGCAAUUCUUUGGUAUGGUGCUGUUCUGUGACUGGUAAACCUCAGUUGACAUAUCAAGAGGCACUGCAAAGUGAAGAAAAUGCUCGCACGUUUUUGAAAACUUUCCCCAAGAAGUUGGUGAUACCAGUAUUAUACUUGGCAUCCCUGACCCAGAGAUCAUCUUUUGGUGAUCUUUCAGAAGAUGUUUUUACAUUUACAAGAGAAAGAUACUUUAUUGGUGAGAUUGUUGAGGUUAACAUCAGAGAAGAUAUUUGGUGUGAGAGUUGUGUCCUACAAGUUAUUCCACCUGCAGAGAAGGAAAUUGCUAAUCUUCUCUCUGGAAAUAGUGAAGUGUCAUGGAGAGAAUGUGAGACAACUUCAUUUCCACCUGCAUCACUCUACAGUUACAGAGUGAAAAAAAUAAACAGCUCUAAGGAGGAGGAUGUGAUAACUAUCAAGGCCUGUCAGCUAAGGCGGGCCAAAGGAGUAUACACCAGGGAAAAGAAUCGUUUGUUAUUAAAACAAUUUACAGAGCAGAAGCAAAAAGUAUGGGUAAUUAAGGAUAAAGUUGUUAAGAAAUACAAGAUUUCAGAGAUAAAUUUUGGCCACAUUUUUUGUGGAGAUCUACCAGAAUUUGAAAUAUCUAAGAAGAUUAUGAAGAUGGCCAUUACUUCACCUAAAAUAGAAAGUAAAGGUCAAAACAAGGUGAUGAAGGAAAAAAGGCAAGAAACAAUUCAUAAAUAUUUUAAAUCACCUGGGAAAGGAGAGGCAGCAUCAAGAAAGAUUUUAUCUCCAGAUAAACAGAAGACUGCUGGUAAGGAUCUGUUGUUACAAACAAGGCCUAUGAAGAAGCAAGUGGACUUGCCUAUAGGCAAGCAAGAUUCCAAGAAGACAUUGCUAACAAAUAAGAAAGAUAUUCCUUCAAAGAAGAAUUUGGAAAUUGGGAAACAUGAAAACUCAGGUAAAAAAUUACCACCCCUUCAACAAAGGCAAAAAUCUCCUAAGAAAAGUUUGCCAUCAGGAACAUGUUCCAAUACUCAGAAACCUUCUCCUACAAAGAAGGGACCUAAGAAAUUCACUCUAGAUUCUGUUGUGAAGUCACCACAGAAGCAACAAUUAGCAAAGAAGGUGAAGGACAAGUACAGGGAUGCAGGAAACACAAAGAAAAGAGAUGCAACCAAGAACCUUUUGGAGAAACAUAAGAUGAAUAAGAUGAUCCCUUUGAAACAAGGCAUGAAUGACAGACUGACAUUGGAGGAAAGAAGAAAGAAGCUAAAGGAGGAGAGGAAAGAGAAAGCUCUUGAAGAAAAGCGCAAGAAGGUGGAGGAAAAAUUGAAAGAGAAAGCAAAACUGAAAGAGGAAAAAUUACGUUUGGCAGAAUUUUUGAAACAGUGGAACCGUCAACGAGACGAUUUGGAAUGUGAAGAUUUGAAGGAAUUACCAGUUCCUACAAAGGUUGAUUGCGUUAUUCCAAAUGAGUUCUUUGGUGAUUUUGUAAUGAUAUUGGAGUUUUUACACUCUUUUGGUGAUAUUUUGUCCUCCAAAAGUUUCUUUCCAAAUGGUGUGACCUUUGAUAUUGUGGAACGCGCAUUGUCUGCAAGUGAAGUAGCUGGUCCACUUAGUGAUAUAAUUCAACUCCUCCUGAUGGCACUGUUCAGUAUGCAGGAAGAAGAAGAUGAUGAAAUACUGGAAACGGAUAGUCAGACAUCAGUUGGCCUGACUGAUGAAAUUGGCGACAUUACAUCAUCAGAAGCUAUCAAGUUGGCAACAGCUGCAGCAAGUUGGUGUCGGCUGUACCAGGGUAUUCCACUCAAUAAAGUGACACUAGAUUCGAUAACACUGACGGAAGUUUUAAGGCUGCAUCUUCUGUCAUCUGGUGGGCGGUCUGGAGAAAUGAGUUCCAAGUGGAGAUAUCAGCAGCGUGGUGGUUAUACAAGUUUGGAUGAUCCAGGUUUACUUCUACGGAUUCAACAGCCCCAUAUUCUUAGAUCCCUCAGUGUAAUGAAUGUGUGUGAUCUACCUUUAGUGGAUAAGUUGCAGAUUGUGACAUGUCUUAUUAAUCAGAUCUCAACAUAUGCUACUGUGAGGGAUGUAAUUGAAGAACGAGGGGACAAGGUUAAGCAGCUUCGUGCUGAAAUAAGAACACAUCAAAUAGCGGAACUGAAAAAGGAAAGGGAAGCAGCUGCAAUAAGGAUGAAAGAACGGAAGGAGGCUAAACUCAAACUUAAAGGAGAUGCUGAAACAGGAACAGCAUCAGCAGUUGCACCUGUUACUGACUUACCAGUAGAAGAGGAAGAAGAGGACAAAGAAGUUCGGCAACAGAGACUGGAUCGUGAAUCAUCACGUCGGAAACAGGAAAUACAGAAGAAGUCUCGUGAAUUGCACCAAGCAGUAUUUGGACAUCAGGUGUUACCCAUAGGAACUGAUCGUGCUUAUCGACGUUUUUGGGUGUUUUCAUCUCUUCCAGGACUCUUUGUUGAGCAUGAUGAGCACUGGGCAGGAUCAUGUUUGCCAGAACCUACCCCCUACAAUCCUACUUUAGCUCAUUCAGAUGAUACUCUGACAUAUGUCCGGAAGCUGUUUGAAGAAGAGUGGAAUGGAGGCAGUGGUAGCGACAAGGAAAAUGAUGUUGGUGAUGAAGCUCGUCCAGUGGCUACUUCUAGUGGCAACAAAAAAUUAUUGGCUGAAAAAAACACAAGUAGUGAUUCUGGUGAUGUGUCUCAUGUAAGUAGGGGAUUGAGUGAUAGAAUAGCAUGGACAAGUAGUGAGACGAUCAACGAUUCUGAUAAAGUGACCAUGACAAAGCAACAGCCCUUGAUUUGCACAGCAGAUAUCAACACUUGUCCUGUGCAUGGACAGUCAGAUUCAGCUGUCCGGACCAGAUGGGCUUUCUUCAGUAAAGAAGAAGAUAUUAAUCAUUUGAUCGAUUGCCUUAAUAGGCGUGGUAUUCGAGAAAGUGAACUGCGACAGACUUUAAUGCAGGAAAGGACUUAUAUAGUACAGAAAAUGGCAAAUUGUCCAGUACAUAAACUGGAUCGAACCCAAAUGCAGGGCACUUUUGUUCCUGAACCAAGGAAAUCUCGCUCACAAAAACAUGAGGAUGCCAAUUUGAACUUUGCGCCAGGAACACCUACAGAUGAGAUCUUGGAGCUAACAUUGCGAGAUUUCAUUUUAGAAAUGGAAGAAAAAAUACAGAUUGGUGGUCUAGGCUCUCUAAAGGUAUAUAGUCGAGAAGUGUGGCGGACUUCCAUUAACAAAAGAAGUUACGACAAACAAUGUGACAAGCUUGUAUGGGGUUCUGAAAGCCAUUUGAAGAAAGAAGACAAGGAUGCUAUAGAUUGCAGUGACAUUCCAAUGGAACAAGACAACAGGGAGAGAAGUAGUAGCCCAAACUCAACAGAUGCAGAGAUAUGCUACAGAGAUCCUGGUCGGCUAUUACUGGAGGAUAGUGAACCAAGUAGCCAGCAGAAUCCUGUGGUUACCAACCUUGCUAGUGCCAUCCUUCAAGUUGCACAAAGUGUAGAAAGAAAGUACCUACAAAAGCCACUUGGUGCAGAGGAUGGUUCCAGUGAUAAGACACUGAUGAAAAGGUGGGAGGUCAGUUUAAUGGCUUCUACAAGCUUUUCACAGUUGUUUCUUCAUUUUACAACCCUUGUUAACAGUAUUCAGUGGUCCAGAUCAGCUUCAAAUGCUCACUGCCGUUUAUGUAGACGUCGUGGUGAUGCUGAGAAUAUGCUGCUUUGUGAUGGAUGCAAUAAGGGGCAUCAUCUUUAUUGCCUUAAACCGAAGUUAAUCAGAGUUCCACAUGGAGACUGGUUUUGCCCAAAAUGUCGACCACCGGAAAAGGUUCGUGCUUCUAAAAAGUCGAGGCGUCUAUUUUCUCAAGAAUCAGAUGAAGAUGAUGUUCAGAAGGAAAAGACUCAAGAUUCACAAAACAAAGUAGCUGAGGUGAGUGAGGUGUGCGAGGCAUGUGGUUUGGGUGGUCAUUUACUGUGUUGUGACACAUGCCCCCUCCUCUUCCACAUUGAAUGUGUUGUUCCACCAUUGAAGAAGGUCCCAAGAGGAAAAUGGUCCUGUCCUAAGUGCAAAGUGGUGAAAGAUGCAGGGUGCGAGAUCGCAAGACAGCUGACAAUUAAGCUGCGUCGUUGCAGUGCCACUGCAGCUGUGGCUAAGAUCUCCAUGUUUGCCAAACGUCUGCGGAGUAAUUCCUGGGACGAUACAAGUAGUGUCCAAAGUGAUACUGAUCUACAGCCAACAAGACGAAGUGGACGUCGCUCUCUUGAAGUGGACUUGGAUCUUCCACUCAAUAAUGCUGUAUUGCAAGAUCUACUUACUGACAUCAUGCAUCAUAAGGAUUCAUGGCCCUUUCUCCGCCCUGUUCCACGUGCACAGGUUCCUGAUUAUCAUCUCAUUAUAAAGAGACCAAUGGACUUUGGGAAAAUGAAGUACAAAUUAAACAUGCUGGAGUACAGAAACAACAGUGAGUUCAUUGCUGAUGCUCUCCUAGUGUUUGAAAACUGUCAGAUGUACAAUCAAGUGGAUGCUCAAGAAUACAAAGCUGGUGUGCGGCUUGGUCGCUACUUUGAGAAACGUUGCAAAGAGCUUGGAUUACAACUCAAAGAGGAAGAACUCCGACCACCAGAAGCUAAGAAAGCAAGACUUAGUUGAAGUGAGUGUGCAGUAAUAAUAUAAUGCAAUGUCUGCAGCAGCAGGAGCAACUGCAGAUUUAGUGAACAAUUCACCAUUGCCUCUUGAUACUUCUAUAUUUGUGUUGUGGUCAACUGGUUGUAUGUAUCACAGCUGCUGAUUUUUUAUAUAAUUUACCAGUUAUAAUUACAUGGAGGAAUUUCAAGUGGUGGGGUAGCUAGAAGUUUUUUUAUUAUUUUUAUUGAAUGUUACUUAUGUAAGCAAAGAAAAGUUACACACUGCAUGUCGACUUUCUUCUGGGAGGGUCUCUUAUCUCACUUUAUGUUGUCAAAUUAAGGAUGAUUAUGUGGUGGUAUAGUUUGAGAAAAGUUCUUUGGUGCUUGAUAAGAAGGUCUUAUAUCAAACUUAAGCCUUCUUACCAUGAAAGAAUUUUUCUACUAGAUUUAAAUGCUGUAUAUGUGGUCCUGCACCUUGAGAAUUUGUAUUGGGAAUUACCAAGUGUUUUCCAUGGGACCAUUAUUAAUGCAUGAUCUUGAAAUUGGCAUUGCCAAGUUUACGUAAUUUUAGUGUAUAAUACUGAAAGAAGAAUAAAGCAACAAUGUAAGAGUUCCAUAAAUACUAUUGAGCACAUUUAGAGAAACUAGAUAUUUCACAGUACUCUGUUUUGUUGUUGAAAGUGAUGCAUUUAUAAAUUUUGUCAGUGUCCUUCCUUAGCUUCUGCUUUAUUGUUACGUCAUAGCUCCUUUAUAUAUGUCACAUCAGUAUAUAGCCUGUCUGAGUAGAGAGUGUGCAUCUCAUUGGUGCUAAUGUUUUUCAUUAUUACUUCAGCUCUAGAGAAGAUAAAGGAUGUGCUGUAUGUAGUCUGGCCAAGAAAGCCUGAGCACUGUUCUGUGCUGCCAGAUUGCUUUUAUACCUAUACAGACUUUGUAAGGUGAGGAUACUUCAAAUAUUGGUACAUACUUUCUUUUGAAUUGAAGUACUUUGUAUAGCAAUUUCUUCUCUAGUGUUUUCAUUUUCAAGCUCUGUGCUGUGGUGAUACAAUGAACUGAUGGAUCAUAUGCUUGCUGCCUGUACUUGCAAGUCUUAACUAGCUUACAUAUCCAGGCAACAAAAGUCAUAGUUCUUGAACCUGCCGUAUGUAUUUCAUCAUCAGACAAGCUAUAUUACAUACAAGUUUGAGGUCCUACUUUAUUUAUCCUAUUCUUAAUCCAAUUCCCAAGAAGUUAAAAUAUUUGUACAUUUUCAUUGUCAUCCCAUGUUCAUGUACUCUGUCAUGUUGAAAAGAAGUUGAGCUAUAGAGUGAUAUUUAUAUAGCAUAUAUGAAACAUCUUCCAGCUGGGAAUGAGUACAUAAGCUGUGUAUGAUUAUUUAGAACUCGCAUCAUUAUGAUUUAAAUCAAUUUGAAUCUGUAUUUUUUGUCUGAAGACAUUAAAUUUAUUUCAGAUUCUGUGGGUCUGCAGAUGUGUCACAGUAUUAAUAAAUGAAAAUGUAUUAUUGCUCCCAUCAUUGAGCAUAGCAAAUUAUCUUCGUUCAGCAAGAAAAUGUUAUAGUAGAAGGGUUGUAGAUAAUCUGGUGCUUUGCCAUAUUGGAUUUUGUUGGGAUAUGAACACUAUAAGGCAAUGACUGGAAAUAAAAAUAUUCAUAGUAGGGUUUGAGGUUUUUGUGGCAGGGAGUCUGAAUAUUCUUGUUUAAUCAAUUUCAAACUGUAUCUGAAAUAUUCAUAAGAAGGCACUUGGGCAUAGCAAUUUACUGCCACCCAACAAUUAUUGUGGAACUGACUUUUGUAAUCACUUCUAGAUAAAAUGUCAUUAUAUUACAGAUAAUUUUGACCUUUAAA